AUGGUCGCGACCCCAGACAACAGGGCAGACGGCUCUUCUGCCGCCGCCCCGACCUCCGCUCCAGCCGCAGGCGCUUCUGCUGCUGCGCCUGCUGCUGCCUCGUCCACGACACCCGCCGCGGCCGCGUCUGCUCCUGCAAAGGACCCAUCCGCCAAUGGCACAUCGCAGUCGCAGCCGCCAGCUCACAGUUCAGCCGCGUCUUCGUCGUCGGCCCCGGGAGGAGGCGUCGACGCCGUGGGCUCCAUCACCAGCUCGGCCGACCAGACGGCCGCCAUCCUCACCUACCUCCAGCGCCGUGGCUUCACCCGCGCAGAGGCGGCCUUCAAGGCAGAAGUCGACGCCUUUGUCACCGGCGCAACACCCCAACAGGCCGCCGCGGCCGCAGACGUCCACGGUAGGCCCCCCACUGUCAGCCUCGACGAUCUCGCCGCCAAAAACGCCCCCCGAGACCUCAGGGACAAGGAGCACGACAGCAACGGCGACGAAAGGGACGGCGCAGCGAAAAAGGGCGCAAAGGCUGACGCCGCCGCCAGGGACAGGGACAAGGACAAGGACAAGGACAAGGACAAUGUCUUUGGCGCCGGCGACGACGCAGACGCCUCGACCGCGGCCGCACAGGCCCUCCUCCUCGACCCUACGGAUCGCGCGCGAGGCUUCAACAUGCUCCGCUCCUGGUGCCAGGGAAGCCUCGACGUCUACCAGCCCGAGCUCCUCCCCAUCCUGCUGCCCCUCUUCGUCCACUCCUUCAUCGACCUCGUCUCGAUGGGCCACGUCACUGCCGCCUCGGCCUUCUACGCCGCCCACUCCGCCUCGUUCCUUCCCACCCAUACCGCGCUCCUCUCCCAGAUCCGGUCGCUUGCGCUGCCCUCGCACAUCCUCUCCGACCCCCUGGCGCACCGCUUCCGCACCGAGCGCUACGUGCUCAAGAUGUCCAACACCGUCUUCAGCCUCCUCCUCGGCUGGCUCACCGACGGCAGCGGCCCCGCCGCGGGCAGCGCAUCGUCCACCGCUGGCCUCGACGAGGCCGAUGCGCCCGCACGACGGGGCCGCGAGGCGAUGCUCAAGAUUGUCAACGAGCGCUGCCGCAUCCAGGUCCUCGCCGCCCAGCCGUACCAGAUCGACGCCUCGGUGCUCGAAGAAGGCACCGGUCUGACGGGCGCAGGGCCCUCGUACUCGUCGCACCCCAUCGGCCCGUCUUCGAGGUCGCGCCAACAUGCGGCACUCAGCAAGAACGCCGUGACGGAGGCGGAUGCGGUGGCCGAGUUCAACGCAAAGGCGGCGGGCCCCCAGCUCAAGCUGCACCCCGCCCUGCCGCUCUCGGAACGCCUGCAGACCGAGGUCGAAAAGGAGCUCAAGGAGGUCGAGCGAAAGGAGCGGGAAGAGGCCAGCCUUCUGCAGCAGCAGCAGCAGCAGCAGCAACAGCACGAUCUGCAACAGCACGAUCUGCAACAGUCGCAGCAGGCUAGCACGGCCCCCUCUACCCAGACCCAAGAGCCCAACAGCAGCACGCAGGGCGCCGAGAGCACGUCGACAGCGCCCACCGAUCCGCCGACGCAGCCGACCGCGACACAGGACGGCAGCGGCGACACGACAAUGGAGGAUGCCAGCACCGCCAUGGCCAAAGCAGGCGACCCCUCUGCCAGGGCGGGUACCCCGUCGACUGGCGGCCAGCUUGACCGCGCCGCCUCUACCGUACGGCCCUCGGAACCACCCACGGCGGGCAGCCUUCUUUCCGCUCCUGCAGGCCCAGACUACUCGGUGGGCCUGCUGGCGCCUCAGCUGACGGAUCUACCACCGCAGGCGCCCACCUUCCGCACGGUAGACGUCAAGCGCGAGGUGCAGCGGGUCAAGGACGCUCGCAAGCGCAUCCGGCUCGACCCCUCGCUGCUGACGGCCAAGGCGACGACCGGCGGCGCACCCUCGACCCACUCCUUCCGCUUCUCCUCGGGCGUGCGGGACGCUAGCAUCAAUGCGCUGGGCGAGGAGGGCGCUCGAGCCGCUCGCCACGCAGCGCUCCCCAGCGUCUGCGCCUACACCUACCACGAUGCCGACGACGGCGUCACCUGCUCCACGUUUUCGCAGGACGUCUCAUUGAUGGCCGCGGGCUUCGAGGAGAGCUUUGUGCAGGUGUGGAGCCUCAAGGGAGAGAAGCUGCGCGGGCUCAAAGGCGACCCGCACCUCGGCGGCGCGCGCGACCGGCGCUCGCUCGAGCGGCAGCGCGAGGCGCAGGCGUACACAACGCGCAAGCUCAUCGGACACUCUGGGCCGGUGUACGGCGUCGACUUUGACCCAGUCGGCGGGUCGGCCUCGGCCCCCAAACACCUGCUCUCGUCGUCGGCCGACGGCACGGCGCGGCUGUGGAGCCUAGAGACGUUUGGCGCGCUGGUCGCCUACCGCGGGCACCAGCACCCGGUCUGGGACGUCAAGUGGAGCCCGCUCGGCACCUACUUUGCGACGGCCAGCGCGGACAAGACGGCACGCCUGUGGAGCACGGAACGCAUCAACCCACUGAGGAUGUACGCCGGCCACCUGAGCGACGUCGACUGCCUUGCGUUCCAUCCCAACUCGCUCUACCUCGCCACUGGGUCGUCGGACCGCACCGUGCGGCUGUGGGACGUUCAGCGGGGCGCGUGCGUCCGGCUUUUUGUCGGGCACCAGUCACCAAUCUCGUGCCUCGAGGUGUCGCCAGACGGCAAGUACCUCGCUUCGGCCUCGACGGGCAGCGGCACCGCGUCGCCGUUUGGCAACGAGGACCCGAGCUCGAUCUCGUCGCAGACCAACGACGUCAGCAUCUCGCUCUGGGACCUGGCGUCCGGGCGGCGCAUCAAGAAGAUGUGGGGUCACCGGGAGCGGGUCAACUCGAUGUCGUUUUCCGCCGACGGGUCCAUCCUGGUCACGGGUGGCCAGGACAGGUCGGUGCGGUGCUGGGACGUCCGCGCCGUCGGCGGGCAGCGCAAGGCAGCGUCGUCGACGAUCGCAUCGGCCGACACCGGCGUCAUGGCCUCAUCGACGCCAGCAUCCGCGGCAGUAGCAGCAGCAGCAGCGGCGGCGGCUUCGGUGGCGACCCCUACGGCGGCGUCGAGAGGCGGAGCGGCAGCGGCGGCGGCGGCGGCGGCGGCAAAGGUGGACUGGCACUCGAGCGCUGACUGCAUCGCGACAUUUUAUACCAAGGGGACGCCGCUGGUGGAUGUCAAGUUUACGCCGCGCAACCUCUGCCUGGUCGCGGGCGUCUACGGAGGGUAG